GUGGCAGGAACUGGAAGGAGAUGGAAUGGGGGCUCCUCAAGGAAGCAGAAAGGUGGUAAGAGGAAGAUAGGAGGCAGGAGGAAAGGGAAGAAGGAUGGAUGACAGAAUACUUGGGUAACCACAGUGGUUGAAGAGAAAGAACAAGGAGAUGAACGGUUACCAGGAAGUGUAAAAAGCUAGCAGAAGCUAAAGAAGGAACUGAUACUUCGAGCCCUAACUGGGACAUCUUGUUGUUUUUUUAAAUCUUGGCAUGGGCUGAAGUGUGGUUGUGAAGAUCACGAGGGUGUAAAUCUGUUUGCUCGGUUUUUCUUUUGUCCUGCUAAUAACUCGCUGCAUUGGAAGAGCGUGAAGAAGCUUGGUGGAUUUCUGUGCUUGGGACCAGUGGCUCAUCAUGAGAAGCUUUUGAAUCAGACUGGGCUAAAACGAGCCAAACACGCUUCAAUCCAAGGCAAGAGAUCCCACAGUAGCUUAUUCCGAUUCAAUAGCUUUAUUAUUAUUUUUCUGGUGUCAUCUUUUGCACCCGACGCUGCAGGCAUGGAUCAGUUACUGGAGGUGAAACUUGGAUGCUUGGCAGGAGUGCUACUCAUCACCCUCCUUUGUGGCCUCAUCCCGUCCCAGAUCCAGUGGUUCCAAUUCAACAUGGCCAGAGGGAAACAUCGACGUAUCCUCAGUUGCAUCGGAUGCUUUGCUGCAGGGGUGUUCCUUGGUGCUUGUAUUAUGCACAUGGUAGCUGAUGCUCUGGGUGACAUCCAAGAGGAAAUUAAAAAGAGGCAGCAACAGGGAAGUGUUGUACCUAAGCUGAACAGCACCUCUAAUGGUGAUGAUGAUUCUGAGACAUAUCCCUUUGGAGAGCUUGUCAUCUCAUUGGGCUUCUUCCUGGUGUUCGCUAUUGAAAGCCUAGUGCUUCACUGUUGCCCCCGGGCUGUCCAUGUUCAUGGAGACCAUGAAGGUCAAGGAGAUCACAAGAGCCUACCUGAAUCCCACAGCUCCUUCCGGGCAUUUGUGCUUUUCCUCUCUCUGUCCUUCCACUCAGUCUUUGAGGGCCUAGCCAUUGGUGUCCAGAAGCAGGAAACGGCUGUGAUUCAGCUUUGCCUUGCCGUGCUCAUCCACAAGGCCAUCGUCGUCUUCAGCUUGUCCUUGAAGUUGGUGCAGAGUGGCACCCAAAUGCGAUGGAGGUUGCUCUACUUGGUGGUUUUUGCCCUGAUGUCCCCUGCUGGCAUCAGUAUUGGGAUUGGCGUUUCACUUUCCAACAGUGAUGGGAGUGGCUUGGCGCAGGCUCUGCUAGAAGGGUUGGCAGCAGGAACCUUUCUCUAUGUCACCUUCUUGGAGAUACUCCCCUAUGAGCUGCGUUCACAUGAAAGUUUCCUCACCAAGUUCUUCUUCAUUGGUCUAGGCUUCUCAAUCAUGGCCAUCAUUGCUAUCUGGGCAUGAAAGACUGUUCUACGGGCCUGAUGAAAAUCACCACAACUGCACCUCGAGACUCCUUCCUUCCAAGAUUUGUCUCUGUCGGCAAGCGUUAUAUGUAUAGGUGUCGAUCAAAGGGUGUGGGUGUGUGAUGAGACCUGACAUUGACUCUGCUUCCAUGAUUCAGACCCCCAAACCAUCUGGCUUUUCUUUAGACCAGUGGUCCCCAACCUUGGCCCUCCAGAUGUUCUUAGACUACAGCUCCCAAAAGCCUUCUCCAUCAC